GCGAGUUUGAGAAAAGUUCCGGAAAGAUGAGCGCGCUUUUGUGGUUGUUGUGUUUGUCGGUGGGGGUCGCCGUCGCCCGGCCGUCGCAGAAUAGCGGUUACCGCCUCGUACCCAGACGCGCCGUGAUGUUCGGCGGCUACUACUCGAACCCCCUCUUCGGGCGCAGCCACGACUUCGUCCCCCACGGCGCCAUGUCGGCCAUCGUCACCAGAGACACCGUCGCCACCAACUCCUACUCGGGCAACCCCCCGCAGUACCCGCCCCUGGACGUCCUGCCCGUGGAGGAGAACGAAACGGUGGAGCGCUACACCGAGAAGGCCACCGAACUGAUCCCCCCACAGUACAUCCCUCCCGAGGCCCCCGUCGAACCCCAGCAGCCCGUCGAAUUGGACGCGCCGCUUCCCAGUCAACCGGAGAUUCAGGCGCCCCAGGAGGAGCUGCUGAGUCCUCCCGUCAUCCCCGCCGAGGAGCCUCUACCGGUGGACGUCGCUCUAGCCGAGGAGGUGUCCACGGAGGUGGUGACGGUGACCAAGGCUACGAAGAGGGCGCCCAAGAAGAAGCCCGUCAGGCCUCCACCGGCUCAGAUAGACGAGGAUGAGGAGGACGAACAGGGGCUGUCAGCGUUGUGGCCCUUCGCAGGCGGCAAAGGAUCGGUGCCGUCGUACAACGCCUUCUUCCCGAUCAGCAUCAGCGGCGGCGCUCCGGCCAGGACUCGCGCCCAAGGACAGGAACAAGGGCUAGAAGACUACGUUCCUGGUUCGGCCACCGCCAUAGCCAACUCUUUUUCCACGGGAAAGGGCGGUAUAGCCACGAGUCACGCCACUUCCUUCGGGGACCCCUACCUGGCCUCUCUGGUGCGUAACGGACUGCUCAGCUUCCGGUCGAAGAAGCCCCAGGAGUCUUAGAAUAAGGAACGUAACGCUAAUUGGUUAAAAUGGACGGGAGACGCGGUUAUUUAUUGUUGUUUAGUAUGUGAAAUAAAGAUUAUCAAUUCGUAA